AUGUUGAUACAGAACGGAAGUGAUAUUUUGGCCAACAAUCAAGUGGCAAAAGAGUUCGUUAAGUCCACCUAUAUCUCCCUACUGCAGCAGGAAUCUUUGUAUGAAGGCAGUACGUAUUCCAAAUCGUCCGACGAAGGGAAUUUCAAAUGGAGCUAUGCUAGCGCGAUAUUCUUCUCGAUGAAUCUAUACACCACGACUGGUUACGGUUCAAUAGCCCCCGAAUCGAUGCUUGGUCGAAUAUGUGUAAUGUGGUAUUCUCUGAUAACGAUUCCCAUCACAUUGGUGGUGAUUCGUGAUCUCGGUCAAUGGACACUCGUCUGGCUAACUAAACUCUACGCCAUGAUACUGGUUAAGUUUAGGUGA